AUGUCGAGAAUGUUAUCAGGAAAGCCACAAAGUUCUAAAUCUCAAUCACAAUUAUCACUCUCGUCGGCACCACCGUUGAAGACACUUCCACCAAAUCCAAAUAUUUCUCAACUAGAAAAUUUUGCCUUAAGCGCUUUGGCACCAAGCAUGGCAGUUGUUUUUACUUUACCGUUUGAUACCGUUAAAGUCAGAAUGCAGCUUCAAGGUGAAGUCAGAUUUAUGAGGGAUUCAACCGGCAAAACGAUUCGAGUUGUUGCUGAAAAGGUUUACAAAAACAGUUUCGAUUGUUUAAAGAAAACUUAUAAAUUCGAAGGUUUACGAGGUCUUGAAAAAGGACUUGUUCCCUCUAUAUUAAAAGAAAGUUCCAAGAACGUUUUUCGCUUGGGACUUUAUGAUCCAAUCCUUGCAGUAAUUCAUCCAACAGAUGAUUCUACCUCAUCAUCAUCUGCACCCGCUUGGAAACGGAUGUUUGCGGGUGGCCUAUGUGGUGCCUUAGGUGCGGUAUCAGCGAAUCCCUUUGAAUUAGUAAAAACUCGAUUACAAAGCAGUGCAGCUGAUGCUAUCGCAGUCGGAAGUCAAUAUGGUUAUACAUCGACGUCAUCCGCAUUACGACGUAUUAUGUUUGAGGAAGGUGGUAUAAAAGGACUUUAUCGUGGAUCAAUGAUAUCAGUUGGACGGGGAAUAUUGGGAAGUGCGGCAAAUUUAUCAUCCUAUACUAUGUUAAAGGAUUAUGCUAAACGUGAAGGAUAUUCUGAUGGCAUUCCACUUGACAUGGUGUGUAGCUUGAUGAGCGCGUUUGUCAGUGUAGUUUUUAUGAAUCCUUUGGAUGUUGUUCGAACGCGUUUAUAUAAUACAUCAUUUAUCACUCCAAAUAAAUCCUUCCUUUCUACUAUUGGAAUAAUAGUCAAGAAUGAAGGAUGGACAUCUUUAUACCGAGGUUUUGGCACUCAUUUUAUGAGAAUUGGGCCACAUUUUUGUUUGACAUUUGUUUUCCUUGAACAAUUAAAGCGAGGAGUUAAACAAUUUCGCUUGGAGGAAUAUCAACGUCAACUUCAAAGUUAUCACGCAACUACGGAUCUCAAG